UUACCGGUUGACCGCAGUAGCUGGCGAGAAAAAGAGUUCAAGUAAACACACUAGUAGCCUCCAAUAUGAGCUGAAAAGACACCAUUAUCUCCACCUUAUCCCGGUUAAUCCGCCACAGAGCGACACGACCAUCCUCUUCAGCUGAUUAACCUUGGCGCGCAGGUCGUUUUUUCUCUGAAAGCGGUGCCACGCCCGUGGUUAGUGGUUAGCCAUGGACACCACCACCUCCAUCAAGAUGACCACGCUGGCGAUCCAGAGCCUCUUCAGCCACGUGGAGGAGGAGAACCUGGCCGCCAUCAAGGCCCACCUGGACAAGUUCAAGGAGGUGGACGGCCGCAGCGAUAACGGCCAGACUCCUCUGAUGGUGGCAGCAGAGCAGGGGAGCCUGGAGAUCGUGCAGGAGCUCAUAAGGAGGGGGGCCAACGUUAACCUGGAUGAUGUGGACUGCUGGACGGCACUCAUCUCGGCGGCCAGAGAAGGCCACCUGGAAGUGGUGAAGGAGCUACUGGAGAACAAUGCCAACCUGGAGCACAGAGACAUGGGGGGAUGGAGCGCUCUGAUGUGGGCCGCCUAUAAGGGCCGCACCCCCGUGGCCCAGAUGCUGCUGGACAAAGGAGCCAACCCCAACAUCACAGGCCAGUACAGCGUGUACCCCAUCAUCUGGGCGGCCGGGCGCGGCCACGGGGAGAUCGUCCAUCUCCUGCUGCAGCACGGGGCCAAGGUCAACUGCUCCGACAAGUACGGCACCACCCCACUGAUCUGGGCGGCCAGGAAGGGCCACUACGACAGCGUCAUGCACCUGCUGGCCAACGGAGCAGACGUGGACCAGGAGGGGGCGAACUCCAUGACGGCGCUGAUCGUGGGCGUGAAGGGGGGCUUCACGGACGUGGUGAAGGAGCUGCUCAAGAGGAACCCCAACGUCAACAUGACGGACAAGGACGGCAACACGGCCCUCGCCAUCGCAGCCAAGGAAGGCCACACCGGCAUCGUCCAAGACCUGCUGGACGCAGGCACCUACGUCAACAUCACCGACCGGAGUGGGGAGACCAUGCUGAUCGGAGCUGUGAGAGGAGGCCACGUCGAGAUCGUCCGAGCCCUGCUGAACAAAUACGCAGACAUCGACGUCCGCGGCCAGGAUGGAAAGACUGCCCUCUACUGGGCGGUGGAGAAAGGCAACGCCACCAUGGUCAGAGACAUCCUGCAGUGUAACCCAGACACGGAGAGCUGCACCAAGGAGGCAGAGACUCCCCUCAUCAAAGCCACCAAGAUGAGGAACAUUGAGGUGGUGGAGCUGCUGCUGGAUAAGGGGGCCAAGGUGUCCGCGGUGGACAAGAAAGGAGACACGCCCCUUCACAUCGCCAUCCGGGGGCGGAGCCGUAAGCUGGCCGAGUUGCUGCUGAGGAACCCUAAAGAUGGCCGCCUGCUGUACCGGCCCAACAAGGCCGGGGAGACGCCCUACAACAUCGACUGCACCCACCAGAAGAGCAUCCUCACGCAGAUCUUCGGAGCCAAGCACCUCUCCCCAUCUGAGUCGGACGGGGACAUGCUGGGCUACGACCUGUACAGCAGCGCCCUGGCGGACAUUCUGAGCGAGCCCACCAUGCAGCCGCCCAUCUGUGUGGGGCUGUACGCCCAGUGGGGCAGCGGCAAGUCCUUCCUGCUCAAGAAGCUGGAGGACGAGAUGAAGACGUUUGCGGGCCAGCAGAUCGAGCCCCUGUUCCAGUUCUCCUGGCUGGUGGUCUUCCUCACCCUCCUGCUGUGCGGCUCCGUGGCACUGGUCCUGGGCUUCACGGGGGACCCCAAGCUCGCCAUCGCCGUCUCCCUCAGCCUCCUCGCCCUGCUCUACAUCUUCUUCGUGCUUGUCUUCUUUGGGGGCCGGCGCGAGGGCGAGAGCUGGAACUGGGCGUGGGUGAUCAGCACGCGGCUGGCCCGCCAGGUGGGCUACCUGGAGCUGCUGCUCAAACUCAUGUUCGUCAACCCGCCCGAGCUGCCAGAGCAGACCACCCGCGCCCUGCCCGUCAGGUUCCUCUUCACUGACUACAACCGGCUGUCCAGCGUGGGCGGGGAGACGUCCAUGGCGGAGAUGGUCGCCACCCUCUCUGACGCCUGCGAGCGGGAGUUUGGCUUCAUGGCCACCAGGCUCUUCAGGGUCUUCAAGAACGAUGACAUCCAAGGUAAGAAGUGGAAGAAGACGUGCUGCGUGCCGUCCUUCGUGCUGUUUGUCGUGGCGCUGGGCUGUCUGCUCACCGGCCUCGCCCUGCUCGCCAUCUUCAAGGUGGACCCGCUGAACCUGACGGUGAACGCGGUGCUGAUCGGCAUGGCCAGCGUGGUGGGCCUUGCCCUGCUGCUCAACGUCAGGACCUGGUGGCAGGUGGCCGACUCGGUCCUCAACUCCCAGAGGAAGAGGCUGCACCGCGCCGCCAACAACCUGAACGCGCUCAAGAGCGAAGGCUUCAUGAAGGUUCUCAAGCAGGAGGUGGAGCUGAUGUCCAAAAUGGCCAAGACCAUCGACGGCUUCACGGAGAACCAGACGCGCAUGGCGGUGAUCAUCGACGGGCUGGACGCCUGCGAGCAGGACCGCGUGCUGCAGAUGCUGGAUACGGUGCGGGUCCUGUUCUCCAAGGGCCCCUUCAUCUCCAUCUUCGCCAGCGACCCCCACAUCAUCAUCAAGGCCAUCAACCAGAACCUGAACAGCGUCCUGCGGGACUCCAACAUCAACGGCCACGACUACAUGAGGAACAUCGUCCACCUGCCCGUCUUCCUGAACAGCCGGGGGCUGAGCUCCGCCAAGAAGCUCUGCAUGGCCACGCCCACCAACGGAGACGUGCCGCCGGCUGAGGGGUUGAUGGAGGACAUGGACCGGAAGCUGUCCCAGAGCAGCAUCACAGACCAGGCCAAGUUUGGCAGCAAGAACGCCUUAAACCGCAGAGACACGUACCGGCGGCGCCAGAUGCAGCGCACGCUGACGCGCCAGAUGUCCUUCGACCUCACCAAGCUGCUGGUGACCGAGGACUGGUUCAGCGACAUCAGCCCCCAGACCAUGAGGAGGCUGCUCAACAUCGUCUCCGUCACGGGUCGUCUGCUGAGAGCCAAUCAGAUCAUCUUUAACUGGGACCGGCUGGCGUCGUGGAUCAACUUGACGGAGGAGUGGCCGUACAGGACGUCCUGGAUCAUCCUGUUCCUGGAGGAGACCGACGGCGUCUCGGACCAGGUCUCUCUGAAGAGCAUCUACGAGAGGAUCUCCAAGAACAUCCCCACCACCAAGGACGUGGAGCCACUGCUGGAGAUCGACGGGGACAGCCGCAGCUUCGAGGUGUUCCUCUCCUCCCGCACGCCCGUGCUCACCGCCCGCGUGGACACCUUCCUGCCCUGCACCGUCAACCUGGACCCCAAGCUGAGGGAGAUCAUCGCAGACGUGCGCGCGGCCCGAGAGCAGCUCCACAUGAGCGCGGUGCCCUACCCCACCCUGCAGGAGGCCCCGCCCCGCGCGGCCCCCCACGGGUACGCCGCCCCCGCCGCCUGCUCCCCAACCGGCUCCUUCCCGGUGCCCCCGGCCCCCCAGCCUCACAGCUCCUACUUCAGCGGCAUGACUGGGCCGCAGCACCCCUUCUACAACCGGCCGUAUUUCCCCAACCAUGUGUAUCAUCUGCCACGGCAUUACCCCCACCACGUCCCCUCCUCCUCCUUCUCCCGCCCCUCCUUUAAGGCCCACGGACCGCCCAAGGAGCACGCCGGCGGCCUGGAUGUUAUCGCUGAGGACCCCAAAGAAGAGCCCCGCUGCUGCUCUGAGCCCCCCAUGUGGGCCCGGCUGCAGGGCGGUGGUGUUCUGGUCUGCAGAGAUUAG